CCCCGCUGGCCGCUGUCAGGGAAUUCAUUCGAAACCGCCACGCGUUUCGUUUAGUUUGGGCUUCCGAUAUUCGCUGCGUGUCGACAGCGGCCCCCCUUUUGGGUCCGUGGCGGUGCUAAAAGCGACGCAGCGGCCGUCUGCGGCGACGAGAGUCGCGUUAGAGAGCUUGCGGAGUGCGGUAACGCGAAGUAAAAUGGACAAUAAUGAGUCACUGGUCCAGAGAAAGGAGGCUAAAACCCUGCUCAUCCGACAUUUACCAGCUGAACUGACCCCGGAGGAGAAAGAGGACCUCCUGAUGUACUUUGGAGCCGUGUCAGUCAGACAGUUCUCAGACAGAGGACCUUUGAAACAUGCAGCAUUUGCCACUUUCAGCAGUGAGAAGUCGGCAGCAAAGGCACUCAGCAGACUCCAUCAAUCAGAAAUUCUCAAGCACACGCUUGUUGUGGAGUUUGCCAAAGGCCAAGAUCAUGUCACAGUGUUAAAGGACCCACCUGUGUCAGACAGUGUUAAAACUGCUGAAGUGCAGAAGAGACCAGAGAAGAAACAGCCGCCACCCUUCCCCCUCAUAGAGAUGGGCAUUGCACCGAACCUGGGGUUGAAAUUUCAAGUAAACCCCAGUCUGAAAUAUUUAUACCCACCACCUUCAAAUGGAAUCCUGACAAAUAUAACGCAUGCCCUCAUCAGUGUACCAAAGUUUUAUGUUCAAGUUCUUCACCUGAUGAACAAGAUGAAUUUACCAUGUCCCUUUGGCCCGAUCACUGCCAGACCUCCCAUGUUUGAGCAGCCUCCUGUACCACCUGUCCCCAUGCCUCCUCCACUGCCACCAGAAAACCCUCCUUUACCAGAGGAGGAGAUGGAGCUGUCAAGUGAGGAGGAGUCGGAGUACGAGAGUGGAGACGACGAAGACACAAAGAGGAUUGCUCGCCUGAUGGGUCUGGUCAAUCAAGCAUGCAAGAGACCUCUGAGAACAAAAACUGUUUCCAAGAGAAAGAAGCCGAAGAUCAAGGAUCUUCUCUGUGUUCCUAAACCGGAUUCUCAGAGUGCAUCAGGGCCUACGCUGCAGCCCUCCGACGUGUUUGAGCAGCCCGUGUCUGCCACGUCAAGGAAAAUAGAGUUCCACCUUUCAGUUCCAGAAGUGGCAGCCAUACUGGAAGGAGGGGGCAAGAAUCAGGGGGCCGAUUCUGUCAUCGAAAGGAGAGAGGAGGACGAGAGGAAUCCCGUGGCGAGCAGCAGCCUGGAGGAGGCGGGAGAAGGCUUUGGGAAGCUCUUUCCCAGCAUCCAAGCCUCCCAGCAGCAAGAGGAGCACAGCGACGAGGAGCAGGACCUCCCCUCAGACGUCAUCUCCAGGAAGGAGCUGGAGAAGGGACGCCUUUCCAGAGAUGAGAUAAAAAGGAUGUCUGUGUUUAAAAGUUAUGAACCAGGCGAGCCGACCUGCCGACUGUAUGUGAAAAAUAUCGCCAAGCAAGUGGAAGAGAAAGACCUGAAGUACAUCUACGGGAGAUACAUCAACCCUUCAUCAGACGCUGAGAGAAACAUGUUUGACGUGGUGUUAAUGAAGGAGGGGCGGAUGAAAGGACAAGCCUUUGUCGGACUCCCCAGCGAGCGCAGCGCCGAGAAGGCCCUGCGGGAAACCAAUGGCUACGUUCUCUACGACAAGCCGCUCGUUGUUCAAUUCGCCAGAUCAGCCCGGCCCAAAGCCGACGCCGCCGACCCCAGGAGAGGAACAAAACCACGCUGAAGUCAACAGAUGUCGAGCCUUGAAAUUGUGACCCAGCAGAACCAUUUGUAUCCUUAUUCUGUCAUAUCCUUUGGAAGUAGACCUUUAUUUUGGCACUGAAGUGAUUUGUGUUUAUUUCUAAGCUGCUGGUGUUUUAAGUUGGUCAGAACGUAAAGGUACAAUCCACAGAGCAUCUGGAUGGUGUGGCGGUCUAUUCCGUUGCCUACCAACACAGGGAUCGCCGGUUCGAAUCCCCUUGUUACCUCCGGCUUGGUCGGGCGUCCCUACAGACACAAUUGGCCGUGUCUGCAGGUGGGAAGCUGGAUGUGGGUAUGUGUCCUGGUCGCUGCACUAGCGCCUCCUGUGGUCGGUCAGGGUGCCUGUUCGGGGGGGAGGGGGAACUGGGGGGAAUAGCGUGAUCCUCCCACGCGCUACGUCCCCCUGGUGAAACUCCUCACUGUCAGGUGAAAAGAAGCAGCUGGUGACUCCACAUGUAUGGGAGGAGGCCUGUGGUAGUCUGCAGCCCUCCCCGGAUCGGCAGACGGGGUGGAGCAGCGACCGGGACGGCUCGGAAGAGUGGGGUAAUUGGCCAAGUACAACUGGGGAGGAAAAGGGGAGGAAAUGCCCCCCCCCCCAGAAAAAAAAACUUCACGGUGUUGCCCUGAUGGAGAGAGAUGUCACGGUUCUCUCCUGUUGUCGGGCUACUCCGUGGGAGUGCACGCCAUUGCGGAUCGUACCUUUAAUAGGAUUAAAUGACGUGUCAAAAAAAGAAAAGAAAUGCAAAACACUCAACUGGAUUCAUCUCUGCACGAGUCCCGUUGAGAGUCUUGCGUUUCAUUUUUGACAUUUUGCUACCCGGGUGACUGAAAUGAAAUCUACUGACUUCAAACUGCAUUUUAUGACUGUACGCUGUCUUCAGUAAUCAGGGAUUUUUAACCUGAGAGGCUGUAAAGGUUUAUUUUAAACUUCACCUGACAUCAACUCUGAAUUGCAGGUACCUAAACCAGAGGAGAUGGAGAUCAGAUGUCUCUCGUUUACUUUUGUAAA